GGGAAAACUUCCAAUCCCGCCCCGCGGCCGCCGAGACCGCCACACCCUCCGCGUCCCGGAGCUGCCCGCGCUUCCUCCUGCUUUUCCGUCCCGGGCUCCCGGCAUCGCACGAGUGGAAGCGGAGACGCUCAAGCCGCAGUCGCCGUCAUGUCCGAGGCUUAUUUCCGGGUGGAGUCGGGUGCGCUGGGGCCUGAGGAAAACUUUCUGUCCUUGGACGACAUCCUGAUGUCCCACGAGAAGCUCCCAGUGCGCACAGAGACCGCCAUGCCCCGCCUCGGCGCCUUCCUCCUGGAGCGGAGCGGAGGGGCCGAGACUGACCACGCGAUCCCUCAGGGCUCCAAGCUUGAACUCCCCUUGUGGCUGGCGAAGGGACUUUUUGACAACAAGCGGCGGAUCAUUUCUGUGGAACUUCCCAAGAUCUACCAACAAGGUUGGAGGACAGUGUUCAGUGCCGAUGCCAAUGUGGUGGACCUCCACAAGCUGGGGCCACAUUUCUAUGGGUUUGGCUCCCAGCUCCUGCAUUUCGACAGUCCAGAGAAUGCAGACAUUUCCGAGUCUCUCCUGCAGACAUUCAUUGGACGAUUUCGCCGCAUCAUGGACUCCUCCCAGAACGCUUACAAUGAAGACACUUCAGCUCUGGUAGCCAGGCUCGAUGAGAUGGAGAGGGGCUUGUUUCAAACAGGACAGAAAGGACUAAAUGACUUCCAGUGUUGGGAGAAGGGCCAGGCUUCUCAGAUCACAGCUUCCAGCCUUGUUCAGAACUAUAAGAAGAGAAAACUCACUGACAUGGAAGGCUGAAGGCCAGGAGAACACAGAAGUGCUCCUGGUGGAGUUAUCACUGUGUGUCCUUGAAAGGAGCCUCGCUGACUUUGUCUAGGACCAGAACCGUGUCCCAUGUCAUGACUUAUUCCUGGCAGCAGUCCCAGGAGUGGGACCAUCUGGUUGGGACAUGCUGAAGGAUGUCCCUAGCCUGUAAGGCUUACAAAACUAUCCUAUCCUGCUGAUCCACAGCCAGGGAGAAACCUAAGUCCUCCAGAAAUAGGGGUAGUUAAUACAUGCAUUGCAAUACAGUUGGAACUGGGAUCCCUCAUGCUUGGGAGUGUCACAGCCUCCCAUGUCCACUUUCAAUGGCUCCAAAGCGCAGGUACAAAUGGGCCAUCUUAGCCUGCUCAUAAAUAUUCUCUCAAGCCUAACUGCCCCAUCUUCCUUGUGUUUGUCCAGAGGACGGCACCCCCAAGACACCGGCCUUACCUGUAUCUCCUGCCUCUGGGGAGUUAUCAGUUUCCAAAAACAGUUGCCACGAAUAAAGGAGAAAAAGGAAAAGGCAGAUGAAUGGCAGGGCUUCUAAAGAGAAGGCAGUGCUUUCCUCCUCUGUCAUCAGGGCAGGGACUGAGCGUCUCAGAACUCAGCAGUCAGCCUGGGGUGGGGGCGGGGGGAAUGAUUAACCUGCGCCUGUCUUUUGGCUUGAGAGCUUCAGAACCACCUGCACAGCAAUCAGUUCCCUCCCUAGAAGAGCCAACAGGGAGUCAUUUGGAAUUGCAAAGUAGUUAUUAAAGGGUGUUAGCCAGCCCUUAUUACUACAUUGAAAGCUGGACUUUUAGGGUUGCUGGUUAGGAAGAGCCCCGUUUGAGAAGCUUAACAUGACAAAUUUAAGUGGGCAGGAGGCCGUGACUAUGUUUCUCCUCUUCAGUAAAUUCAGCAGCUUGACUACGGAGAGGAUUCCUGACCAUUUAUCAAGGAUCUGUUUAAGCAAGCACAAAGCUCUUCCUCCGAAGAUCAAGGCAGAAAUGCUGGCUCAGGAAGAGGCCUCAUUCCCUGCAGGCCAGCAUGUGAAGGGUAGUUGUGCUGCCACCAGCCUCCCACGAGUGACAGUUGUCUUUGUCAUUAGAAAUUAUAAAGGGGUUUGGGUAUCCAGAUUGUGCACGUCUCCCUGCAAAUUUAGAAUGCCACAAUGGCUUUUUAAAUGCAUGUUUCAAGAUGAAACCAAUGUUUUUAUAAUUUAAUUUUGAUGCUAAAUAAAUGAUCUAUUUUGCACAUGAA